AUGAAUACUGCAACUUGGCCAGGGACUGUCUCCGAGAGAAAUCGGGCGACUCUACCCUUGCCGUUCAUUUCUUUGCAGGUGGCACCCUCGCCAACAUCGUCGCCAUCGGCAGCUGCCUGCGCCCACACGAGGCCGUCAUCGCGGCGAGUACUGGUCACAUCACGGUGCGGGAGACGGGCUGAGGCGAUAGGACACAAGAUUAUUACCGUACCCUCUCUCGACGGGAAGGUGACUCCAGAGAGCAUUUCCAAUGCUUUAGCCAACAACGCCCACUACCCUCACAUGGCAAAGCCCCGGCUUGUCUAUGUCUCCAACGCGACGGAGAUGGGAACCCUCUACACAAAGGCCGAACUGAGCGCCAUCUCCGACCUAUGUAAGCAACGCGGCCUCUUGCUUUACCUCGACGGCGCUCGUCUCGGAGCGGCAUUAUCAGCCCCCAAAAACGAUCUGACGUUGCCGGAUCUUGUUCAGUUAACAGAUAUCUUCUGGAUCGGUGGAACAAAAGUAGGCAUGCUACUGGGUGAAGCCAUCAUCAUCAGCAACCCACUCCUCGCUGAGGACUUUUCCUUCCAUGUAAAGCAGCGUGGAGGACUUUUAGCCAAAGGUCGAACAUUGGGCGUCCAGUUCCUCGAGAUGUUCAGCACCAACCUCUUCUUCGACCUUGCGCAGCACACCAACGAGAUGGCGCAGCUUCUUUCCUCAAGGAUACAGGAUGCAGGAUACAAGUUGGCUGCCGAGACGGAGACAAACCAGGUAUUUGCAAUAUUGCCAAAUUCUCUGCUGUCAACCUUGCAAGAACAGUUUCAGUUCUAUAUCUGGGAGAAGAUGGACGAUGAGCACACCAUGGUUAGACUUGUAUUGCUCAAGAAAGACAUCUCAAAGCCAGAACCGAGAUAA